GGGACAUUGAACGCAACAUUAUUUCCUGUUUGAAGGAUAUAUCGACUGUACAAGCCAAAGGCAGUUUAAUGUAUUUUAUGUCAGGGUAUUUCCUUGACACUCAGUUUGAAACUUGUUUCCUGAGCUUUGGCACAAUAGAAAGCUUACCGGCAAUGUUUUGGGAAUAUUUCGACGCGGCUCCGCGCCUCGGGAAUUCAGCGGGCGGCACGAGCGAGACACACGUGCAAAACACGAAAGUGGCAUUUGAGCCCCAAGCGGAGACUUUACACUGUCGGGAGAUAACCGUGAGUCGGUGUUGACGGGAACGAAACUAACGUUAUGAUCAACAAGUGGUCUUUUUUAUUUUUGCACUGUGUGGGUGCCGGGGCUAUCUGACAGUAGGACCGGUAGCUCCGGUCCGAGUGUUUACAGCGCCUCGAUAACGCGUGUUAUGUGACUACUUUGAUCUAGCUGCCGUUAUCUCCGUGGGUAACGUUUAUCAGGCGUUACAUAACGUUCAUCGGUAAUCUUUCUCCCUGGCAGCUGUUUUGACGCUGUCCUAUUUUUGUCCCAAUAUCCGCGGUUUUAACAUGACGGAUUGUGUGAGAGGUGGGGGGGAGGUCUCCAACCCAGCAGGUCUGGAUGAGUCGGGGCAGAUUUACUCUUCCCCAUAAGAAGCUUACACACAUACACACACUUGUUGACAUAUAUUGACAGCCUGUAAUGUGGAGUGAUCAAAAACAGCAAAAAUGCCAAAUGAAAAUCCAGCAACACGUAUCGGUCAGUGUUAGGAUAUUAUUGUCACACAGCAACAUGUGUCGACUGAGUGACAAUAACUUGUCAUGUGGCUCUUCUUGACAAUAUGAGAAACCCUCAGCAGUUGGGAUGUGUAUUGCAAGAAAUGUUGUACACAAAGCCUGCGAGGGGGAGAUUUACAAAUUAAGGCUGAGCACCAGAAGAAUAUAAAUCCUUCCCUUUGCAGAAGCAGCAGGCCCUCCAUGACAUGUGAGAGUCACUGCACGAAAACUUGCGUGUGCAGCUGCACAUCUCCAUGCUGGCAUUGCAUCGGAACGGGUUGUCGAGAAUGUGCUCUAAGCUAGAUUAUUGAAGGGACGCAAACAUCACAUCAUCAAUAUAUGGGGACCUGGCAACAUCACAUCAUCAGUGUAUGGGGACCUGGCAACAUCACAUCAUCAGUGUAUGGGGAUCUGGCAACAUCACAUCAUCAGUGUAUGGGGAUCUGGCAACAUCACAUCAUCAGUGUAUGGGGAUCUGGCAACAUCACAUCAUCAGUGUAUGGGGAUCUGGCCGCUGACGAGCACAGAAAAUGGCUCAAAGGUUAAGACCUCUGGUCUUGACGACGUAUCGUGUUCUACCUUGAUGGAGGAAUGUUACAGAAAAAAAACAAUCUAUUGUUCUUGAUUAUAUGUCUACACACUGGUGGGGGAGAUGUAAUUAUUGUUUUGUUGUUCCUGCAACCAACCGUGUCGGCAAUAUGUCUCUCUCUUUGUUGUUGUUUCCAGUAUUGAUCUGAUUCCAGCAUCCCGGGUUUAUUAAGUUGUAAACAUGCAGUUAUCUUGAUCAUUACAUUAGGUCUGUGUUGCCUCGAUGGAAGUUUACUCAAAUCAAGGUUUUUGUGUGAAGUCUGGUUGUUCUGCUUCCUGGACAGCAACAAUGUUGCCAAGAUGCCAACACAUGUCUGUGUUACUGCAAAUAUAGCAGAAUUGUUGACAUGCAAGACCGCGAUAGCAGUAAGGAAUGAGAUGAUGUAGAUGUGAGGUAUGAGAGGUCGUAAUAGGAAAAGCACAGGUGUAUUCAAUAACAUUAAUGAUAUGGUCUUGUAUUGAUAAUAUGCCAUCGUUAAUGUUAUCAAUUUCACCUGUGCUGGUCCUACUAUGACAAGUCAAAAUGUCUGCCGCUAAAAAAAAAAAAAAAAAAGGACCACCAUCAGACUCUUUGUUCAUCGUCCCCCCCAUCCACCAGAUCCAAACACUACCGAACCGUCACAGGAAGUAGGUUUCCUCCUCUGUCGUCUCUCCCAACAACUGACAGCAGGACGAGGAGCACCGGCUCUCUACGAGAAACUUAAUAGUUAUGUAGUGCUUGAUGUUUCUAAAAAUAUCCUCCAACACCAAUAGCCUACAUAAAUACCUACCCUGUACCCACUUUUGGGUUCACUCUCUCUGCCGCUGACAGCGUGAACCCAACCCGACUAUCAUCCGUUUUUUUAUCUGCAGGCAAGCUUUUCCUCUGGUGGAAAGAGGAGCCUGUCACCGGUCCUCUGGACAACAUGUAAUUAUGUGACCCCCUUCAGAGGUGCACCCAGCUGAGUUGGCAUAUUGGAAGGAUUGCAAUUAAUGCAGGGGGUUGAGAUUGACGCACUCAAAGUGGGAUGCACCAGUUUUCCCCUUGUAGGCACUGGCUUAUUCCAGGCACAGAUGGGAUCGGGGGCGUAGACUCUUGAUGCCACAAAAUGAAACGCACCCUAAAAGAAUCAAAGGGAGUAACACAUGAGGGACAUGUCAAUCAAGCCUGUUCUGUACACGCCCACACAGCCCUGAGAGGAGGUCUAAUCAGCCUAAGUGCAAACACCUGAAUGUGUGUGUGCACCACAGGUGUUAACCUCAGCAUAGGAUAGCUGAGCAUGUGCAACAAAGAAAAAUGUAAAGGCUGCAACAAAGCCACUGGAAAAUAUCAAAGAAAAGGCUAGAUGGGAGGGGGUAUCUUAGCUGAGAUGAGGGUUACAAUUAAGGCAGUAACGUAAAACGCAAGCAUGAGUAAUAAAGCUGCUUUUCUUUUUUCAUUGGGCCGUGUGCGACCUACAGUUUACCGCUAACUUUUACAGCAGUCCCAAUAAAAGCUGGUCAGCUGUCAGAGUAAUCUAAUUGUUGUUGUUCAUUGUAAGGCUGCAUAAUAUAGUACGUAGGUUAUAAUCACAUGUAUUUGUUUGAAGUUUGUACAGUAGCAAUUACACGGUAAUUGUGGAGUAUUGACAGGUCUGCAGUAUUUAGCCAGCUCAUUUAAUGUAGAAUGCCUUCUGUAGUUGAACAUAGUCAAUAUCAUUAUCAUUAUAUUCUCUGUGAAAUGAUUCGGUGCUUUUGUAAUGAUAACAUUGAAAAAUAGUGAUUUUAUUCCCACUUUCUCCUCAUGCAAGGCUUCCAAUCCUCGCAGCAGCUUUACCUCGGCCGCUGUGGUUUGAAUUAACUUCUCCAUGAACGUCAUUCUUUGCCUCUCACUGUGAGGAGCAUUUCACUUUCAUGGCCAUGAUGGUGUUUUGCUGCUCUUUAGAAGCCAGAUGUGAGCAAGAUGUAUGGCCUCCGCUAGGCCGAGUCAGAAGCCACAUCACAGUGCCACACACUAUGGGUGUCCUAAGAAGAAAAGGAUUAAUGAUUAGCUGUCAUUUCCUUUUUUUUCUGGCUUAUCGUGAGUGAUGUGACCGUAUUUCAUACCAUCGACCUAAUGAGAAUAGAACCACUCGUUACCAUCUGAACAGCCUCAGUCCCCGGAAAGCUAAAAAACCUGGACUGUAGGGGGGCCGCCAGCCUUUAAUAUCCAAUCCAGCUCUUCAAGGGAUACAUUUACGCCCCUAAAUUUUGUUUGACUUCAUCCAGCUGUUAAUGAAACCGCUCUUUUUGUUCAGAAGGGUGGAUGGUGGCAUUAUCAUCCUGGAAAGUGGGCACCACAUGGGGGGGAAACCGCGUUUGUACCAGACGGUGCACCUGGGCUUGUAAAACAGCCUCUUGUUCCUUGGCUGUUGAAUAUCCAUUUACAGCAAUUCCGCCACAUUUCUGCCCGUACGUUCAGGUAUCCAACGGCCUUUGAGGUUUGAGGGGUUUCUUCGGCUUUUUAAAGAUACAGGUGAGGAUGACUACGAUCAAGUCUUUCCAUUGAGGAGCGAUGGGACUUGUGAAAAUGUACCACUUUUGUGCCGUGUUUCCAUGAGUGAUGAUUUUUCUCCUCUAACUUUUUUUUGUUUUGUAUUUUUCCCCAGUGAGAGACAUGGACAACUCUGUCACCCUGUGGCAGUUCCUUCUCCAGCUCCUAUUGGAUUCCAGUAAUGACCAGCUGAUCUGCUGGACCAAUGAGGAAGGCGAGUUCAAACUACUGCAGGCAGAGGAGGUGGCCCGGCUGUGGGGAGCCCGCAAGAACAAGCCCAACAUGAACUAUGACAAACUGAGCAGGGCCCUCAGAUACUACUACGACAAGAACAUCAUAAAGAAGGUGAACGGUCAGAAGUUUGUCUAUCGCUUUGUGUCCUAUCCUGACAUCCUCAAAGGAGAGGGCUCUACCCGAGCAGAGGGCGGGGAUGUGGGCGCUGGGGGCUCCCCUCACCUGUUGAAGAGGGCCGACAGCAGCCCGCAGGAGGGGGAGUCAGGUGACCACAGUAGCACAGCAGCACUGGGCUCCAGCAACAAGCAGUCGAACCGCAACGACUACAUCCACUCCGGCCUGUACACCUCCUUCACCCUCAACUCGCUGCAAAAUGGACGCCAGCUCUUCAAGUCCAUCAAAAUAGAGAACCCGGCAGAGAAGCUGGCCGACAAGAGAGGUCUCGCCGCCGCGGUCCAGAGCCGGGAACAGUCGCCUCAGCCGCAGCAGCCGGCCGCUCUGCCGUCCGUCAUCAAGUUUGGAAACGCCCCUCCGAAUCCAGCACCAGCACAGUUCACUCGGGUUGCCAUGGAGCCGACCCUGAUGUCCCACCACUUGGAUUCCCUGCGAGCCCCCCACCAGAGGGCCGGGGACUUCCGCGCACACUCCUCCCCGCCGUCCCAGUCGUUCUACUUGUUUGAGCACAUCCGCCCAGCAGAGCCGACGUUCAGCCUGCCGGACCUGAUCUCGGACAGCCCGUCCCCGAGCCUCGUGCCCGACUCGUCCCAGGAGCUGGUGAUCGACAGCGACAUGGAGUCAGGAUCUUCUCAACCCGCGGAUGUUCAGGCACCAGACCGCUCAGACGCUCAGGCGCGUGAGAAGGUGGACAGUGGCCUUGGUUUGUCCGGAGACGAGACCAGUUUCGUGGACGCUGAAACCAGUUCGUCGUCGCUGAGCAGCAGCACCACGCUCAGCACUCUGAACUCGAUGAAGUCACGCAAGCCGCCGAAGAUACUGCAGAUCAGCCCGCCGACUCUGCUGGUCACCGCCUCCGACUUCUCCCCCAUGAACCUCUGCAGCCCGUCUCUACCGACGGCCUCUCUCACACCAGCAAUGCUGCAGACUCCCACUCUGCUGCUGACUCCCAGCCCUCUGCUGUCCAACAUCCACUUCUGGAGCACGCUCAGUCCAGUCGCUCCCCUCAGCCCUGCCACGCGACGCCAGGGAGCCCACCUGUUCCAAUUUCCGUCGGUCCUCACCCCUCAGUUCCAGAUCCCCGUACACAGCUUGGAUGGGACCAACACGCCCGGCCCCAUCACCCCAGACCCUCAGAGGACAUAGGAUGAACAAUGUCACCGCAUGGCAGCCAGACACCAUCCCCAUCUUCUGCUGCCCCACGUCAAGGACAAAGACGUGGGAGCUGAGUCAUUGCCAUUCGUCAUCGCUCUGGUGCUUUAAAGUUCACACUACAGUCAGACGUGCAGAGGGAGGGUCUGGAGAGACGUCGGCGGUCCGGGUUUGACACAUUCGGUUUGUUUUUAGAACCUUCACACCCAGACGUACGCUAUCCUGCACUCGCACACAUUAACUCCAUCGCCCCUCAUGCACAUAUGGAUUCAUUUUGUUUGACAUCUUGGGAUCCUCAAGUCCCAACAGUUCGAAAGGAGGGAGGAAUCUCCAUGGCGACAGUUGGCGCAUGUGGAUCGGACCCUCGGCAGCGACAAUCUGCUUCACGCAUGGACACGCAGACCACAUAUCUGAAUCUUUCCUUUUACAGAGUUUCCUCCUCGUCUUGGGCAACAGUGUUACUGCCAAAAGAAGAUGCUGACGAUGCUUCUGUUCCUUUUUUCUGCGCCGUCCUUAACUUUUACUCUUGUUGAAGGGUAGUGCUUUAACCUGAUGUGCACGUUUACCUGCAAACUCUGUUGUCUUUUACCCAGCACUCGACCUCGACUCACCUGCCUCAGUGUGAAGUCUUGGCUAGCUACAGCUGUAUCCAACAGGACUUUCUUAUUGUGACAUGUGGCCAUAAUCUGAUCUUAAACCUUUAACCAUGCCUCUAUGUAACUGUUCCCGUGUGUGUGUGUGUGCGUGUGUGUGUGUGUGUGUGUGUGUGUGUGUGUGUGUGUGUGUGUGUAUGUGUAUAUAUAUAUAUAUAUAUAUAUGUGUAUGUAUAUACACACACACAGUAGAAUAGCCCCUCCAGCCAGUCAGCGUUCAGGUGAGAACAGAAAGUGAAGCCAUCGACUCUGCAAGCAACGGCUCACAGAUUCUGUGUUUGUCACUUCUCUGAUGUUGCCUUCUUUUAAAGCAGCUCCACAUUGUUGGAGGCAGCUGUGCUAGAAUACUACUUGGCUGGUGAGCAGUGACUUCCUGGAGGUUAUCCGCUGGUUGCCUGGCAACUGCUCUUGGCCAAAACGUAGUUCCAGCACACCCGUAAAACACAUUUACGUGAUUUAACACGUAAGUUUAAGAGGUGUUUUAAGGUGGAGCCUGGCUAGCUGUUUCCCCCCCUUGUGAAGUUAAGCUAACCGGCUGCUGACGCCCGCUUCGUAUUUACCAUACCAUCCCCAUGAUGAUCAUGAUACCGUGAGAAGGAUAUCAGUCUUAUCUAACUUUUAGCAAUAUUUCUUAAAAUGUCGACCUUGAAACCUUGAUCGUCCACAGCUCAGCUCUGAAUUCUUUGUUCUAAAUGAAUGGGCUCUGAUAAAUGUUGCUUGCAGCGUCAGUAUUUGAAAUCUCAGACGGAACCUCCAGAUCUAUGUGGCUAAACUCUCGACAGUCUAGCCUUAACCUUUGCCAAGCCUUAGCCAUUGGAGACAUGUCCACCUUUACUCCAGAGGACUGUACAACAACACCUCCUGGAGCAUCGGAGCAGCUUCCCUAAAGCCCCUCCAGAUGAUCAGCCAUGAAAGGUUCACACCUGUUUUUGUAACUUACUUUUGAAGCCAUAAGUCUGAGACACAGACUCGAGACCUAGAUACCACAUUUCUAUACUAUUACAUGUGGAAAAUCGCACUUGUUUACAUGAUGCUUGGAAAGUGUUUCUUUACCCAAGUGUCCCUUUCUAACCCAGGGACGGCUGACCGGCGAGUCUUGUAGGUCUCGCGCUCAACUAACAGACCCGCCACCCCCCGUCACAUAGAUAAACGGUGCCUUACCACAGCCGAGCCCAAGUCCAGCUCCCGAAUGCGAGUUGUAUCAUUUACCCAGUGCACACGAGUGUUUCCUGUUUGUCUUUAUGCCGUAUCUUUGACCAAACGAGAGCCCUGGAAAGCUUGGGGCUAUUUAUUUGCGGCUCACCCGCAGUGUAUCAUAUCGAAGGAACCUUUUCGGGAUGCAUAACUGUACAUACAGACUGCAACAUGGCUUAAUAUGCAGAGCGUGUAAAUCUAAUCGGGCCAUGUUUUUAGAGUUGGCAGCCAUGUCUCUUUCCAAACUGCUUGUAAGUGUUUUGCGAUUGCAGAUUUACUCAAAGUAUAUAUAUAUAUAUAAAUAUAGAUAUAAAACCUGUUAUUUUUUGUGUAAUCUUUGAUUUUCCUGUGACACCGAUAGAACUAUAAGAUUGAUUUCUAUUUUUGUAAGGGCCAGAUAGACGUCUGCUAUGUUGGGCUUCUCUUUCUGCGUGUGUGUUUCCUCGUGUCCUUUUCCUCUGGUGUAUUUGGGAGGCGGCAGCCCUGUGGUGGCAUUGGCUACAUUUUGGGAAUGAAAGCCUUAUGGGGAGAAAUCUGAAUCUGUUUUAUAUGUAAAGUGUUUUGAUAGUGUCGAUAUUGUACACGCAAAUGUCGUGAUGGAACGUUUGCACUUAAGACUUGAGGGGGUUCCUGUAAUAUUGGAUUCUGUCGCUUUUCUACGACUCUGAUCUCCUCUUUGAUGAAAAGCGUUUGCUUAAUGACACGUAUAUUUUCCCAAAGGGACGAUAAAAUAAUGCACUUUGUAUUUUAUACAGUAAAUCUGACCUUUUACAAUAUAUAGCAAACAAUUUACAAGGAUCUGUGAUUAGGCACAACCACAAAAUAUUUAUUUUUUAGAAUUUAUAGUACAGCCCAGUAGAGUUGGCAGCCUAUAUUGCAUUUUUGCAGUAACUUUGAUAAAGAACCAAAUGGCUAAUAAUAAUAGCUAAUUACAACCCCAAAGCCCAUUUGAAACCUCCCUCCAGUCAGUCUUGUUUUAGCAUAUUUCUUAAUUUGUACCUUCUGAUGAUGUUUUCCCCUCAACCUACCCUGAAAUGUAAAAAUCUCCUUUGAAAAAGAAAGUUUUUUUGCUUUGUUCUGUCCCGUUUUCUAUUUGUUUGAUGCUUUUUCAGAUGUUUACAAGCUACUUGUCUUAAGUGGCAUAUUGAUGUUUGAGAGGUGUAGAGAAAUUGUUUAUAGUGGGAGAGAUAGGCGAGACCAAUAAAAGAUCUCUUCACUACUUGCGUUUCUGUAUUCUGCCAUUGCAUCAUUUGUUAUUAAUGUCUGCCAGCAGGAAAUUACAACAGCAGCACUAACACAGGGCUGAUGUGAGUCCCAUUUCAACAGCAGCAACCGAAUGUGCUGCAGAUGUUUCGCCAUAAACAGAGCAGACGACAUCACUCGCAUUCAUACUGGAAAAGGCAAUACUUGAUCGUUGAAGUGUCUUUUGAAUCAUGCUGCAGCAGAGAAGAGGUGCUGCAAGAGAUGAUCGUGACAAAGAAAAUGGGCCUAGUACUGUGUAUACCUCUUUAUUGUACAUUCAACA